AUUCCAGUGUUUAAUGUAGAUGGAAUAGCAAAUGAAGGAGGGAAGAUCACGGACAAGGCAUACCUCCUAAUGAGAAUGAUGAACGACGAAGGCAACUAUCAUGGCAAACAAUGUGAGCUACUCGCUACCAACCUAGGAGGAGAAGAUGUAAUUUUGGGAACAGACUGGCUGCACAAACAUAACCCGCAGAUUGAUUGGGUAAAGAAUCGUCUCACAUUCUCCACCUGUGCCAGAACGUGCCUAGUCAGCCGACCAAGAUUUACAAUACAAGCACAACUUAUGUCAUGA